AUGCACCGUCUUGGAGGAGCAGGAAUUGCCGCUUUCGAGAGGCAGCAACAAUCGCAACGGUCCUUCGCCGAGCUUUCCAACGCAAUCUCUCAAGCACAAGUUGACUUACUCCAUGCUCAGCUCGCACAGUUUCGCAGUGCGCUAGCGCACUACGCCGCCUCUCACCGCGAUAGCAUACGGCGCGACCCGUCCUUCCGGCAUGCCUUCCAGCGCAUGUGCACCACCAUCGGUGUCGACCCAUUAGCGGGCCCGCGCCGCGGCGGCUGGUGGGCAGAGAUGCUCGGGCUCGGAGACUGGCAGUACGAGCUCGGCGUGCAGAUUGUCGACAUCUGUGUCAGCACUCGCGAGCGGAACGGCGGGCUCAUCGAGAUGGGCGAGCUGGUGCGCUUAGUGAGCAAGCUUCGAGGAGUCGCUGGGGGCGUCAUCACGGAGGACGAUGUCAUCCGGAGUAUCAAGACACUCAAACCUCUAGGCGCCGGAUAUGAGGUCUUGGAUGUGGGUGACGGGAAGAAGAUGGUACGGAGCGUCGUGAAGGAGCUCGACGCGGAUCAAGCAGUCGUUCUAGCGAUUGCGCAGGAGGAAGGCGGGCGUGUAUCGGAAGGAAUGCUGAUCACACGGAGGGGAUGGACUUAUGACCGUGCAAGUGCCGCCUUGCAGAACAUGCUCCUCCGCGAUGGCCUGUGUUGGUUGGACGAACAAGACGAGGCCGGCGGGGUGGCUUAUUGGAUACCGUCCGCAAUGCACUGGGACGAAUGA